UGACGUCACUUUUCGGCGCUGGCAGGAAGAGGCGCUAGGCGGCGCACGUGGGUAGCUGCGCGGCGGGCGGGUACAUGGCGGGUUCUGCAGGGCUGGUGCUGUGCGGGCAUGAGCUGGUGGUGCGGGGCGGCAGCCGGUUGCUGGCCACCUCCACUUCGAGCAGUGAUGAUGACAGCCUCUUCAUAUAUGAUUGCAGUGCUGCAGAAAAGGAGGCACAAGAGCAUAAAGGGGAGGACGCGCAGCCUGCGGGUGAGGGGAGUGACACGGCCCUGGCGGCCGCCUUCUCCACGUCUGGCAGCUACUUCGCUUUAACUGAUGACAGUAAGCGCCUGAUUCUCUUCCGUACAAAACCGUGGCAACGUCUGAGCGUCAGGACUGUGGUGAGGAGGUGCACAGCCCUGACCUUCACGGCCUCUGAGGAUAAGGUUCUGGUAGCAGACAAGUCUGGGGACGUUUAUUCCUUUUCGGUGCUGGAGCCGCACGGGAGCGGCAAGCUUGAACUGGGACACCUGUCGAUGCUGCUGGAUGUGGCCGUGAGUCCCGACGACCGCUAUGUCCUCACUGCCGACCGGGACGAGAAAAUCCGGGUGAGCUGGGCUGCGGCUCCGCACAACAUCGAGUCCUUCUGCCUUGGGCACACCGAGUUUGUGAGUCGCAUCUUCGUGGUGCCCGACCAUCCCGAGCUGCUCUUGUCCUCGUCCGGGGACUGCACCCUGAGACUCUGGCAGUACAGAAGCGGCCGCGAGUUGCAUUGUUGUCACCUGCCCAGCCUGCAGGAGCCAACGGAGCCCUGGAGCAACAAGAGGUUUGCUGCGUCCAGGAUCACUUACUGGCGCCAGGAGGACUGCGUGGCGCUCCUGUGUGACGGGCUGCCCGUGGUCUGCCUCUUCCAGCUGGAUGUCCCCCGGCGGCAGCUGGUCUACCAGCAGCAGCUGACUUUCCAGCACAGAGUGUGGGACGCCGCCUUUGAGGAGGCCCGGGGGCUGUGGGUCCUGCAGGACUGCCGGGAGGCCCCCCUCGUGCUCUGCAGGCCUGUGGGCGGCCAGUGGCAGUCUCUUCCUGAAAGUGCUGUGUCGAAGAGGGUCUGUGCUCACCUUCGCGAGAACUGGGCCAUGUUGGAAGGUGAGGACCCGCCCUGGCCUGCUUUGCAGGGUCAUGUUCAGCCGUGGGCGCGGGCGGACGCUGGUUCCAGAGCGCGGAACGCAGCAGGAAGCUGUUCUGUGGGUGAGGGUGCAGGGCCUGUGGUGGGUGCGGUGUGUGUGUCCGCGUCCGCGUCAGGACAGCAGAGCUGCUGUGAGCCGGGGCCUGGUUGGUUCCCUUAGCGGAGAUUCAGGCGCCGAGAGCCCCUCCGUUUGUAUUGGCAGAAGGCAGGCUCUUGGGACGCAGCUCCUGGCUGUGUCUGGGGGUGCUUUUAACUCGGCCCUGGAACUCAGGUGCCUUUACUCGACUAAAGAAAUGAUUGCUCAGAAGACUUCUUGGGAAGACAAGCCACCGUCCGGAUGGAGGCCUGGGUCCUCCGAGCUCUGGGGACACAAACGCAGCUUCGGUGUGUAUAGACGCUAGAGCGGCCCGCACAUCCCACUGUUUCUGUGGGUCCUGCGGGGUCUGCAUCCAGCCGCUUGGUGGUUGGCAGAUUUCAGGUCCCCGCUUGCUGUUGGCUGGAGGACACCCCAGUCCCCAGUGCAGAGGAGCAGGGGCACGGUGCCGACAGGACACAGCCACAGCCUCUGCACCUGGCCUCCCGGGGACCCCUGGGCCCCGCAUGUCCUGUUAGAAGCGAGUCCUGGGUCCAGCCAGGUGUGGCCACCAGGAGGUGGGCAUCCUUGGGGCCAUGCCAGAGGAGGCGCCACAGGUCCACGGAGAGCCGGGUGGUCACUGUCGCAGGAGGGUCCCUCCGGCCCACCACGUCCCCCGCUAGAAGCAGAGCCCCUGCGCUCCUGUGGCACACUGGCACCCAUUCUUGUUCCGCACAGGCUCUGCUGGCACGGACAGUGGCUUCAGCAGCCUCUACAAGGCCACCUGCGACAACAUGACCACUUACCUGAAGAAGAAGGAGGAACGGCUGCAGCAGCAGCUGGAGAAGAAGCGACG